CAUCACCUUUACCACAUAACCUACUACCCUAGUAUGUCUUCGAAGUCACUGAAAGCUUUCACGACAACAAUGAUCGUCACCGGGGUUAUCCUACUACCCACCGCUCUGCCGCACGCAAUCCAAGACCUUCAGGACUUGAAGACUACCGUGGAUUCUGCAAGCGCCGUGCUUGCAGCAGCACCAAACAACGCGAGUUGGGGAUUCUUCAAUCCAGGUGCACCAGCCGGUACUUCCGGGACUGCCGAUCUUGUCACCAAUAUCACUUCCACCAUCCUUCGAGCAAAGUAUCUGCUAGAUGUCGACAAGGUAAGGGUCCCUGCUCCUGCUCCAACCCCCACAAUACCCGGCCCUCCAGGUGCUCCACCUGCUCCGCCCGCUACACCUGCUACACCGGAUACCCUUCCUCCUUCAAAUGUUUCCCUGGACGACCCAUAUCUAGCCUACAUCAAUUCAGUUCCAAAUCUCGCUGCUGCCCUCACAACACUCGGUCGCGGCUGGCAUAAAGAGUACAACAAGCCUGUGUGGGACUCCAUCGAUGCUCUGCAACAAUCCAUGACUUCUUUCUCUACAUCUAUGCUUACUGCCGACUUGAUUCACGGUCCAUCAAUACUGCGCACCAUCCGGGCAAGCAGCAGCCUCGAGGAUGCUAAAGUGGCUUGGAGUAGGCUGCUGAACAUUCCCGGGAACGACAAACCAAAGGCAAAGAGGGAAGUCGUGAACGGGAGAGGCUUUCGUGGGCAAAAGCCGACUCCGACUGGCCGGUUUUAUACACACGAAGAGCUUUGGAGCAGGAGUAACGGAGAGAGGUCAAGGUUAAGGGAUGGGCCAGUUGAGGCUGUCGCUAAGACAGAAGAAAUUUCUCAUCGCCGAAAAGGCCGCUUGCUCGCGGCGUAG